CUGAUGGCGACGAAUCGAUUCAUAUGUGAAAUCUGCAAUAAGGGUUUUCAAAGGGACCAGAAUUUGCAGCUCCACAGAAGAGGUCACAACUUACCAUGGAAGCUCAAGCAAAGAAACAAAAAUGAAGUGAUCAAAAAGAAAGUUUACAUUUGUCCAGAAAAGACAUGUAUCCACCAUGAUCCAUCAAGAGCUCUAGGGGAUUUAACAGGUAUUAAAAAACACUAUUCAAGAAAACAUGGUGAGAAGAAAUGGAAGUGUGAGAAAUGUUCCAAGAAAUAUGCAGUUCAAUCUGAUUGGAAAGCUCAUACUAAGAUUUGUGGUACAAGAGAAUAUAAAUGUGACUGUGGAACUCUCUUCUCCAGAAAGGACAGCUUUAUAACACACAGAGCCUUCUGUGAUGCGUUAGCAGAAGAAAGUGCAAGAUUUACAUCAGUUCCAAGUACAACAAAUCUUAACUUCAGAAAUGAAUUGCUCAGUGGGGGAAUGAUUAGUGGAAAUCCCCAAUUUGGUAAUUCUUUGUUUAGGCCUGAAUUUAUGGGACUUGGAUUGGAUCCCGCAAUUAAUCAACUCAAUGUUGAUGGACAAAAACCAAGAAUACCACUUUGGUUGGACAAUAAUAUUAAUCCAAAUUCAGGCAAUAACCCCAAUGAUUUUUUAGUAGCAUCAUCAAGCUCUAAUAGCAACUUGCCUCAUCAAUUGGUGCAAAUGGCGCCGCCACAUAAUAAUCAACAGUGGUUCAUUAACGGUGGUGGUGAUGAUUCUGGUUUUGGGUCUACCUCGUCCCUUCCUUCGCGAGUUUUAAAGGAGGAAGAAGAGAACAAAAGAAAUUUGUCUGAGACAAUAAGUUCAAUGUACUACAACAGUCAUCACCAAGAAACAACAACAACAACACCAUCUCAUAUGUCGGCAACUGCACUUUUGCAAAAAGCAGCCCAAAUGGGAUCAACCAGAAGCAAUUCGGCCCUCUUUGGCAAUGGAUUUGGGCUGAUGGGUUCAUCUUUUUCUAAAAACAAUGGACAAUUUGCAGCUGAUCAGAAUUUGAAUGGAUUAAUGAUGAACUCACCUCCAUCAGCUGUUUCAACUUUGACGACUACCAAUAAUAAUAAUAAUAAUAAUCAAGCUGGAAAUAGGCUGUUGUUAGGUGGGGAUCUUAUGAACUCGAGUUUAUUAGAGGGUAAUUCAAGUGCAAAGAACUCAAAUCCUUUCUUGAUGCUGAAUAACAAAGGAAAGCAAGUAAACCUGAGUGGAAAUGAAGCUAUUGAAGGAAGCUUAACAAGAGAUUUUCUUGGUGUAGGAGGGAAUGAAAACAGGCCCUUUUUGUCCAAAAAUGAGCUGGCCAAGUUUGGGAAUACUUCAACUUCAGCCAUGGGAUUAAGCCAGUACAACGGAAGUCACUGAGACGAAUCAAGGUGGGUUAUUUUUUUCAACUCGACUUAUGUAUACAUAUGCAAAAAAGUUAAAAAGGUAUAAGAUCAUACUCAUUAUGAACUACUUAGCUCUAAAUUCUGGAUUCAUAUACUACAAAAAAGGUCCAAACUUAUGGGGGAGCUAGCAAUUAGUUCAAGAAUUUUCACUAUAAUGGAAUGAUACAAUGUUCAGAAUCUAAAGGCCAAAUUAAGCUUCAAUCUUUAAGAGAGAGAAAGAGGAAGAGGAGGAGGAAGGAAGGUGCAGCAAUUUUGAGAGAUCUUGUGAAUUGCCAGAGAAAUGGGGGCCACUGAAUGUUGGAAGAGAGUUGAUAAAAGCGACUUGACAAUCACAAGUCAGGCUUUUCCUCCAUUGUGUUACUUACUGCUUGUAGAAAGAUUACUGUCUUUUUACAUUUUUUUUUCCCUUUUGAGUGUUCAAUUGAUUUCUGCAAAAACUGCGACUCUCCGGGUUCACUGCCACAUUUUGAAUCUUUUUGAAUAAUUUCGUUGGUAUUAUAAUUUUAGAUUUAACUCAUA